UGCCAGGCAGGAAAACUCCUGGAGCAGAUCCUGGUGGCAGAAAACAGGGAUCGGAUCGCUCGGAUCGGUCUGGGAGUGAUUCUGAACUUAGCCAAGGAACGAGAUGUUCCCCAGCUGGCGCAGAGUGUCUCUGGUAUCCUAGAGCACAUGUUCAAACACACCGAGGAGACGUGUUUCCAGCUCAUCUCUGAUGGAGGCCUGGAUGCCAUCCUCUAUUGGUGCCGCUGGACAGACCCCAUCGUGCUGAGGCACUGUGCCAUGGCCUUGGCCAACUGUGCCAUGUACGGAGGGCAGGCCAACCAGCGCCUCAUGAUCGAGAAGAGGACAGCAGAGUGGCUUUUCCCGCUGGUGUUCUCAAGAGACGAUGAACUAAUCCGCCUGCACGCGUGCCUGGCCAUCACGGUGUUGGCCACCAACAAAGAAAUCGAGAAGGAGGUGGAGCGCUCAGGAACGCUGGCUCUGGUGGAACCGUUCAUUGCCUCGCUGGACCCGGAGCAGUUCGCUUGCGAGAUGUUGGGCAGCGGCGACAACAGCCAGGGGAGGACGGCCGAGGACCUGCAGCAGCUGGUACUCUUGCUGGACAGCUCGAGGCUGGAAGCACAGUGUAUCGCUGCCUUCUACCUCUGCACGGAGGCUGCCAUUAAAACCAGGCAGAAGAAAACAAAGAUUUUCAGUGAGAUUGGGGCUACGCAGAGCCUGAAGAGGGUUGUGUGCUACUCCACCAGCAGCACCACCUCCUCCCUGGCCAAAAAGGUGCUGCGCUUGAUAGGGGAGGAGGUUCCUCGGCGCAUCCUGCCCACAGUUCCCAACUGGAAGCCCUGCGAGGUGCAGACGUGGCUGCAGCAGAUCGGAUUCAACAAGUACUGCCAGAGCUUCCUGGACCACCAGGUAGAUGGGGACAUUCUCCUGAGGCUGACAGAGGAGGAGCUUCAGGAGGAUUUGGGGAUGGAGUCCAGCAUCACUCGGAAAAGGUUUUUCCGGGAGCUGACAGAGCUGAAGACUUUCGCAAACUAUUCCACGUGCGACCGCAGCAACCUGGCCGACUGGCUGGGAGGCAUCGACCCCAAGUUUCGUCAGUACACGUACAACCUGCUGAUGUGCGGCAUCAACCGCAACUUCCUGCACCGGGUGACAGAGCAGCAGCUGCAGGAGGACUGUCACAUCAACACGGGCUUCCACCGUGUCCGCAUCCUCACCGCGGCAAGGGAAACACUUCACUCCCCGAUAACACUUCAAACGGCAUCAGAUGGGACUGACGUGUUUAUCAGCUACCGGAGGAGCACUGGGUCGCAGCUGGCCAGCCUGCUGAAGGUCCACCUGCAGCUGCAUGGCUUCAGCGUGUUCAUUGACGUGGAGAAGCUGGAGGCAGGGAAGUUUGAGGACAAGCUGACCCAGAGUGUCAUGAGCGCCCGCAAUUUUGUGCUGGUCCUCUCGCCGAAUGCACUCGACAAAUGCAUGGGAGACCCCGAGUGCAAGGACUGGGUGCACAAGGAGAUUGUGACAGCCCUGAACUCUGGAAAGAACAUUGUACCUGUUACAGACCAUUUCGAGUGGCCGGAUCCAGAAACACUUCCCAAGGACAUGAGGGCUGUCCUGAAAUUUAAUGGUAUCAAGUGGUCCCACGAGUACCAGGAGGCCACAAUCGACAAAAUCAUCCGCUUUCUCCAGGGCCGUUCCUCCCGGGACUCCUCAGCUGGGUCAGAGAAUGGCCUGGACUGCUUGCCUUCCCUGGGGCAGACCUAG